AUGGUUUUGUUUGUAAUUUUGAGUGUUGCCAAUGAGACUUUUAGUCAACUUGUGAGAAAGGGAGAGAGAGAGAGAGAGAGAGAGAAAGAAAGAAAGAAGAGGACUUGGGUUUGGGGGUUUGAUAUACAAAGACAUUUGAAGAUGAAGAUGAAGUCAACCAUGGGCUGUUUGAGAGAAAAGAAUGGCCUCCAUGUAUGUCAAAAAUCCAGCAAGAUUUCCAAGAACUCUUCAUCACAUAUCAGGAGUUUCCAACAAGAAGCUCAACUUGAGACUUGUAUUUCUAACAAACACGAUGCAGAUUCUUUCUGCGGUGAAGCAACUAUGCAGGAAAUUAGAAGCGAUGAAACUAACUGUUGUGAACAUCUAGAAGAAGAAAGUAUUCAGGAUCAUACACAAGCUAACUGCUCUUCAGCCAUAGAAACUAUCUUUUCACCUAACCCAGAGUCCAAUCACAAUGAGAGUGAAGCAACUGCAUCCAAUAAUGGAGGGAGUGAAAAAGACAUUGAAGUGGCAUCAUCAGGAGAUGAAGAUAGAAACUCAUGUGAAUAUCAAAGUUGUAAUGUCUCAGAUUUCUUCAUCUCAGACAUGUCUGUUUCUAGCCCACCCAUUGAAAGGAGCUCUUCAUCAUAUGGCAUUACAGAAGCUACAUGUUUGCCUGAUUAUGGAUGUGAUGAAUCAAACAUAUUUUUCGAUGAUGAUUACAUGAUACUUCCUUUUCUUGAAGACAGCAUUGACACUUGCAAGGAGGAGGAUGACAGCAGAAACAGUUUAGAACCUGUCAUGGUUUCAGAAGAAUCAAGCUUAUAUUUAGCAAUUCAUCAGCUGAGAUCAUGCAAUCAAGAGAUGGAAGUCAAUAAUUAUCCUGAAUGGGAUCCUGCUGAAUGUUUGGAUCCACAAAUGUUUGUUAAAAAUCUGCCUGACCUUUCUGAAGUUGAAAGAAAAACUGUCACAUUAGCACUUGAUUUAGAUGAAACACUGGUCCACUCUUCAUUGGAACACUGUGAUGAUGCAGACUUCACAUUUUCAGUAUAUUUUGAUCUGAAAGAGCAUACUGUCUAUGUAAAGCAGAGGCCUUACCUUAGAGAGUUCUUGGAAAGAGUAUCAGAAAUGUUCCAAAUUGUGGUGUUCACAGCAAGUCAGAGCAUUUAUGCAAAACAACUUCUUGACAUAUUGGAUCCAGAUGGAAAAAUCAUCUCUCAUAGGGCGUAUAGAGACUCUUGUAUUUUCACAGAUGGAAUUUACACCAAGGAUUUAACAGUUUUAGGUGUUGAUCUUGCCAAAGUCGCCAUAAUUGACAACUGCCCACAGGUUUUCCAGAUGCAAGUGAAUAACGGGAUUCCAAUAAAGAGUUGGUUUAAUGAUCCAUCAGAUUGUGCAUUAAUUACACUUCUGCCCUUCCUAGAGACACUAGCAGAUGCUGAAGAUGUUCGUCCAAUAAUUGCCAAGAGAUUCGGUUGUGGUAGACUCACAAACAGAUUUAAAUCCCCUAAAAUUACUUCUAACAGGUAG